AGUCAUUCCUAAUUUCCAGCAAUUUCAUUUCGCAGUUAUUUCCCUUUCACGCAGUGACACAAACCUUGACUUUUUACAAGUUAUUGACUUAUUCCCAAAUUAUUCUUUUUUGAGAAAUUUUCUGUACUCAAUCGUUCCAGUGGCAACUUGAUUCCCGAUCUCGUUAAUUCAUACUUUUUUAUUUUCCGAGGAGAGUUUAUAAUGCCCAAAGGCAAUCGAGAAGGCCCGAAACCCGCGGCGGUGGUGAAGGCCCAGCGAGGAGCCAAGAAGGGUACGCAGAAGGGGAAGGCGCGCCAUUUCACCUCGCCCGAGGAGCUGGCGGCCGAUGCGGCCCGUCUGGAGGAGGAGCGAUUAUCCGGACGACAACAUCGUGAGGAGAACGAAGAGAAGAAAUCCGGAUCGGAGUCCAGUUCGGACAGCAGCGGAUCGUCCAGCUCAUCCGAUUCCGACGAUGAAGACGAGAAAACGAAGGGAGUGGAAGGCCUGAUUGAGAUCGAGAAUCCCAACCGUGUCGUGGCCAAAUCCAAGAAGAUCGCCGAUAUCACGCUGGAGAGCGCGGCGCCCCAAUUAAGUCGCCGUGAACGGGAGGAGAUUGAGAAGGAGAAGAACCGUCAGCUGCAGGAGAAAUUACGCGCCGAGGGCAAAACGGAGCAGGCCCGCGCCGAUCUGGCCCGACUGGCGCUCAUCCGGCAGGAGCGCGAGCAGGCGGCCAAACGUCGGGAAGCCGAAGCCAAAGUGAAGGAAGCGGCGCGUGUGACCAAGGUGGAGGCGACGCCCAGCAUGAAGAAGGACGACCCGGCGCCGGGGACAGCAGUGGCCGGCGGGGACGCCAAAGCGGCCAAGAAGUGAUGGACGACGGAGGGUGUUGUGGGCAGAGUUUUUAUCGGGGAAUGCGCGCCGGUCGGUGUGCGGUCCCCUCCCUCCUGCGUGUUCGGAAGCACUUUGUUUUGCCAAUACUUUCCUUUUUUUUGAUGCUACAUGCGAGAUGUGUUGCGGAUGUAAAAACAAUUACGGACUGCACUGCGGCGCUGGCAAAUGGCAUGGCUUUUACUUUUUUCAAUAAAUUCCCCAAAAUCAUC